AUGGCCUUAUUUUGCAGCAUGAAUUCGAAAAGGCAACUGAUUCUAAAUGUUGACAAAGAUACUUACCAGUGUUUGGGAUUUCAAGGGCAGCCAUCCAAAUUUCACCAGAAGUCAAAAUCAAAAUAUGUCAUUGAAGUCAAUUUAAAAGAAUUGCCUUCCAAGCCAAAACUUUUUUAUAAAAUAAAGAGACAAUUUUUGAAAAAUGAACAAAAAUUUGAUGUUUUGUUUUCUUGGCAAGCUCCGUCUGAUGAAAUCGAAAGUAGCUCAGUCCAGAUGUAUUUUAAAAAUAAAAGCUUCACAUGCACAGAAGAAAAGUUUAUCACAAACAGUCAAGUCCUUCAUAACACUUGUGUACCAUACGUUGAUCCUGAUCAGCCUGACUCAUGUCUGGAAGGUGGUGGGCCAGAAGAUUUUUAUGAGUGGAUGGGAGCCAUAUCUUGCCAAUGCACAUUUGGCGAUGUUGACAAUUACGAGAAUCAUAUGCUACUCCCCCGAGAGGCAUGCACUGUUGCAAAAUGUUCUCUGCUAACUCUCAAAGGAUUUUUUACUUCACAAAUGGUUGAGAGUAUUUUUCAACAAAUCAGGUCUAUAUCUCACAAUGGCAACUUGACAAGCGAACAGCAGAAGAAUGUGCUUCAGUUGGAACCUCAACAUCCCUGGAUUUGCAUGACGAUGCAUGGAUUUGUGGACGCCCCUGUAUGCUGGAAUAGAAAGGAGAAUGGAUUCUACAUCAGUGGGGUGAACAAUCACUCAGUUAUUAUAUUCUAUCGUUCUCCCCAUCUCUGGUCAUUCUUAACUCAACACCCUCGUAAUCUAUCAAUGUGACGAUACUAUAUCAGAUUUGAUAAUCUGCUGUCGUUGCUUUGUCUACAUAAUAAAGACCGCCUGGCAUCAACAAACAACUCAUGUAGAUUCUGCUGUUAUUUUAGAUAUUCUAAUUUGAAGACUAAAAUAAUUGUGAAAGCAGCAUGUGUACCCGACAAGUGCAGUCUUUUUUUAAUCAAAAUGUUUGUAUUUAAGAUUUCAUGUACAUAUUUCAUGUUUUGUCAUCGCAAUUUUAAUUUGAUUUACGGCUAACAAAUAAAUUUCUCAUUAACUACUAAUAAUUAAAACACUAACGACGAUCCUCAAAUCGGUGUCAAUGAACAGAAAAACAUCAAACAUUUAUCAAUCAACCGGAAAUAGAUAUGAAAGGUCGCCUCACCUGCCGGAUGUCUCAUCCGGAACUUGCAAAUUCAAAUGAAUUACUUGUUUGAAUUUCUGUUAAUUUUUUGCAGCUCUGACGCGCGGAACCACAUAAAAACCGCUCUUACUUAAUUUCAUGCUUUCUUUUCUACGAAUGCUACACAUCACAAACUUCUUAUAUACACAGGCAAGCACUUCGCAAGACAUGCCUAGAUCAAGCAUUCAGUUAAUCAGUGAGCAUACCCGCGUACGACAGCGCUUUUUAGGACGCCGACCAUCCUACCGAGUCGCCGGUUAAUAUAUUGAACAAUUGCAAGUCACGCAGCUAGGUUUUGAGUGAUGACAGUGAUAGUUCUGCAACUUUCCCAUUUCAGGUAAAAAUAGCAGCAGCUUAAAUGUAUGAAAAUUUACAUGUUGAACCGUUUUUUAAACAUUGAACAUGUUCUGGAUUAGAUUUCAUAUUCGAAACUGUUCUGAACGUUUAGUUAUUCAAAAUAUAUAAA